UCCUUUCAGAGAAACCUACUCAUACUGUCAAAAAUAAACAUUCAUGUUUGAAAACAUAAUUGUGCAUUAUAGCUUUCAUUUAACAUGAGAAAUUUUUCCAUGUUUUUCAACAGUAAGGAAGAACUAAUGCGAAACUCAGAACCACUGGUUUGGAGUCUCACAGGUGAUGAGUCACUGGAUGAUGAUGAUUCCACCAGACUAUGUGAGAGGAUAUGGGUGUCUGUCAAUGGAAAAGUCUUCAAUGCUGUGAUAGUAACAAUGGUUUUUGUUGAGGGUUUAGUAGUAUUUUCAGAAUUGCUCAUUGACUUUGAAAUUGUUCAAGAUCCACAUUGGAAAACAAUUAGAAACUGUUCUGCCAACGUGCCUGCUCUAAUCUUCCCUUCAUCAGAAGCUGUUAGCCCUAAUCUGAGAAACACAAAGGAUGUUCUAUCUUAUAUUAGUAUAGUUAUACUAAUUAUCUUUGUCUUUGAGAUUGGUUGUAGAUUAGCUGUAGGAAGAGCAAAAUACCUUAUUCAAGGAAUAGAGAUAUGUGAUGCUGCUGUUGUUCUUGUGGCAUUUGGACUUGAUAUUGCAUUUCUAACAACUCCCUCAAAGAAAGGAGCUGGUAAAGAGGCUGCAGUAUUAAUUAUUCUGCUCAGACUUUGGAGGAUCAAAAGAGUCUUGCAAAGUGUAAUAGACAAAACCAGGGUGGAAAUGGGCCAUUUUCUGUCUAUAUGUGAGAGAGAAAAAGCCCAAGCUGAACAAAAAGUGGAUAUAUUGAUAUUGAAGGUAGAAGAUCUAGAACACGAGGUUGCUUAUCUAAAGGAGAAACUCAAGAAGUCUGAGAAAGAAUCCUUGUGUGCUAAAAGACAGCGUAAAAAAGAGGGAUAUUCAGGUAUACAACAAAAACAUCCAAAGAUAACAGUAGGUGUAGAAACAAGUCCAGCUCGUCAUCCAUGCACAGGGACUCAGACAGCCAGAGCAAUCUGUGAAGGUUUCAUUCUAGAUGAAAAAGCUACCAAAAGGAAGGUGAUGGACAUAACAACAUUUGCUGAAAUAACAGCAACUCGUAUUAUAGCCAAAGCUCUCUGUGUAGCAUCACCCGAUUCUGGUCAAUAUGUGAGGUUUCUAGCCACUAAAGAUGCUGUGGGAAUUAGUGGAACAACCCUAUGUCGCAGGAUUGAUGGAAGUUUUGAGAGCGGCUAUGGUUCUAAUACUAGUGGAAUGACCUUGGAUAAAACAACUAACUGUAUUCCUUCAGUGGGAAUAAGACGAACUGUGAAAUGUCCAGAAAGUAGCCCAGAGAGUGGCUAUGGUUCAAGUAGCUCUGCCCGCAACACUGUUGCUACUAGUGUUAGUCCUUUGGAUAUUGAAAUGGAGACAACUAGCGUAUCAACUGGAAGCACCAAGCAAACAGACACAGUCUUCCUUUUUCCUGACUCAGCAAACCAAUGCCGAAAAGCUGAACGUGGAGUGGAGAUGGACAUCUUGGAGGAACUUUCUGAAAUUGAAAGGAUCAAACAGGUUGAGUUUGACCCCAAUAAACAGGAUGAGGACAUCCCCAUGACAUCUCUGUGAUGAAGCCAAACAAAUGCACAAUCGUGAAGAAGGCAGCUCUUUCUCUUCAUUCAGCAGUGCUGGGGAAGAGAUCUUUGUUAUUAUAGUAAGGUUUUUAAGUUAUAUAUCACCAGAAAUCUUUGUUAUUUUAGUAAGGAUUUCAAGUUAUAUAUCACCAGAAAUCUUUGCUAUUCUAGUAAGGUUUUUAAGUUAUAUAUCACCAGAAAUCUUUGCUAUUCUAGUAAGGUUUUUUACGUCAUAUAUCACCAGAGAUCUUUGUUAUUUUAGUAAGGUUUUUAAGUUAUAUAUCACCAGAAAUCUUUGUUAUUUUAGUAAGGUUUUUAAGUCAUAUAUCACCAGAGAUCUUUGCUAUUCUAGUAAGGUUUUUAAGUUAUAUAUCACCAGAGAUUAUUGUUAUUUUAGUAAGGUUUUUAAUUCCUAUAUCAUCAGAGAUCUUUGUUAUUUUAGUAAGGUUUUUAAGUCUUAUAUCACCAGAGAUCUUUGUUAUUUUAGUAAGGUUUUUAAGUCUUAUAUCACCAGAGAUCUUUGUUAUUUUAGUAAGGUUUUUAAGUCCUAUAUCAUCAGAGAUCUUUGUUAUUUUAGUAAGGUUUUUAAGUCCACAUCAACAGAGAUGUUUGUUAUUAUAGUAAGGUUUUUAAGACCUAUAUCAACAGAGGUCUUUGUUGUGAAUGUGAAACCCAAAGCAAUAGCACGAAGGUAGUAAUUUUUCAGUCAGUAGUUGUCUGUGAGACUUUCACGUACUGAAUAACCAUAUAAAUUAAAGUAUUUUAUCUUUCAUCAUUUGUUGUUCUUAUUAGCAUAGAUGAGAUUGUUGAAACAUUGUUCAGGAAUAAGAGAUUAUAACACUAAUUUAUUCCUGAACAAUGUUUCAACGAGAUUAUAACACUAACGUACUUGUAGACUUCUAUUAUGGAAAAGAUCACAAAUGAAAUAAAUAAUCUUAAUUAUUUUCAAACUUUUUAAAUCACUUAGAAAAUUAUCAGUAUUAAUCAAAGGUGAGCUCAUACACAAAUCAUUGUGGAAUUUGUGAUUUUGUUUAAUCACCUGAUAAGUAGACCUAAUUAGCAAGAAGUUACAUGUAUACAUGUAGCUGCUACAUUUUCAUGUUAACAAUGUUACCCAAGAUAUAACAUCAAUAAUGUGGUAUUUUUUUAAUUUGUAUGGAUCAAGGAAUUGAUAGUGGAAGGCACAUCAUGUUUUGGUUAAGGAUUAUAAAUAAAUCAUUUUCAUUCAAACACGGUCAUCUUUAUGUACAUAUAGAUUUACGUAGUUAUACAGUUUUGGUUUGCCUAACAUUCCAAACUUUGAGUAAUAUCUCCUUUCUUUUAUGUGUGAUAUACUGUAUACAUUUAUAAAGUAAUCUCUGAGAGAGAUCUGAUUACAUUUUAUUAUUCUCUGAGAGAGAUCUGAUUACAUUUUAUCUGUGUUAGCCAAUUAAAAUUUUAAAUUAUUUUGCACAAAACUUGAAUUGGAUGAGAGGUAGUUUUCGUUUAGAAAUUGUAUAUAACCCCAAGUAGCUAUGCAUAAGUCCCUCCCAUGGGACAGUGGUAAGUCUUCGGAUUUACAGUGAUAAAAUCAGGGGUUUGAUUCCUCUUGGUGGACACAGCAGAUGGCCCAAUGUGGCUUUGCUAUAAGAAAACACACAGCUUUGCAUAACACGUACAUGUGAGUUCUUUCAAAAUAUACUGGUUCUUCUUUAGUUGGAAAGAUUUUACAGAUAGUGUUAAUUUUCUGAUAAGGAAACAGAUCAUAUUAUGCGCACACUUUUCAGAUUUUUUGUUAUAUAUAUAUAUAUUUUUUUUUCAUUAUAAUGCACUCCAUUUCUUUCUUUUAUAAACCUCUAUUUGGGUUGUUUUGUGUUUUAUUAUAAUUUCUGUGUGAGUUGCUGUGUGAAUUUUAAGUGUUGCAUGUUAUUGUGAAAUUAAUUUUCCUCUUCAUGAAAUGAUAGUUUAAAUUAUUGAUCUGCUUUAGAAAUAAAAAAAGAGAGAAUUAAUUUCAGAAUUUUGAAUUUUUGUGAUAGAAACCAAAACAUUUGUCAUUCAACUUAUUUCAGUAAAUAUUUUUCUUUGAGCUUCAAGGUAUCAAUUAGAUGUCAGUCCAUAACUGAAUCGGGCAGAAAUCGGGAUAAAUCGCACAUUAUACUGUGGUUUCAUAAAAACUAGGUGGAUUGUAAUAUUGGGUUACACAUAACAGUUUGAACUUCUCUCUCACAAUUUUGGUUGACUGGCUGUAAAUCAUGGAAAAAAAUAACAACAAAAAAGCGAACACUGAGAGCCAAAAUUCGUAAGUUAAUCUAGAUUAAAAACUGUUCCUCUACUUUAACUAAUUUUGCAAUUUUUUUAGCCUUAAAGAGAGAGUAUUCUUGUUGAAAUUAAAAAAACUUGCAUGAAAAACUGCUUUCAGAUUUUUGCU